AGCCACAGGGAGCUCAACUUCUGCCAGGGCAGGGCAGCGUCACCACCCACUGCCAGGGAGGCUGGGGCACAAAGCCCAGCCAGCUCUCCUUGGUGGGUGCGUGUGUCAGAGAGCCAGGGGAGCCCCCUUGGUACCUGCUCCCUGCUCUCCCAGCUGGAAGCCUCUGUCUGUGGCUCACCCCAAUGAGGGUGGCCCAGGACCCAGGGAAGAGGAUGAAGGAGAUGAGUAACCCGAAGCCCCAAGAGGAGAUGGCACCUGCCCAAGGGCACUUCUAGCACAGCCAGUGUCACACCAGGCCUGCCGCAGGAGCCCACGUCUGCGCCCUCCUGGUACUAAGAGCCUUGGCGCCAUGUUUGGGAAGAAGAAGAAGCGGGUAGAGAUCUCGGCACCAUCCAACUUCGAGCACCGCGUGCACACUGGCUUCGACCAGCAUGAGCAGAAGUUCACGGGGCUGCCCCGCCAAUGGCAGAGCCUGAUCGAGGAGUCAGCUCGUCGGCCCAAGCCCCUCAUCGACCCUGCCUGCAUCACUUCCAUCCAGCAUGAGGCCCCCAAGACCAUCGUGCGGGGCAGCAAAGGUGCCAAGGAUGGGGCCCUCACGCUGCUACUGGACGAGUUUGAGAACAUGUCAGUGACACGCUCCAAUUCCCUGAGGAGAGACAGCCCGCCGCCGCCACCCACUCGUGCCCGCCAAGAAAAUGGGAUGCCCUCGGAGCAGGCUGCCAUAGCCAGAGGGGGCCCAGAGAAGGCGGGCAGCCAAAGCCGGGUUGCUGGUCAUCGUGAGGGGAGUGGCAGCAGUGGUGACAAGCGGCGGGUGGGGCCGGAGAAGAAGCCAAAGUCUUCCAGGGAGGGCUCAGGGGGGCCCCAGGAAUCCUCCCGGGACAAGCGACCCCUCUCUGGGCCUGACGUCAGCACCCCCCAACCUGCUGGUGUGGCCAGUGGGACGAAAGUGGCUGCUGGCCGGCCCUUUAACACAUACCCGCGGGCCGACACGGAUCAUCCAUCCCGGGGCACCCAGGGGGAGCCUCACAACAUGGCCCCCAAUGGGCCAUCAGUGGGGGCCCUGGCUGUCCCCCAGUCCUCUUCCUCCCGGCCUCCCACCCGAGCUCGGGGCCCCCCCAGCCCUGGAGUGCUGGGCCCCCAUGCCUCCGAGCCCCAGCUGGCCCCUCCAGCCAGAACCCUCGGUGCCCCUGCUGGCACCCCCGCCUCUGGGCCUCCCGGCCCCCGCUCUCCACAGCGGGAACCCCAGCGUGUGUCCCAUGAGCAGUUCCGGGCUGCUCUGCAGUUGGUGGUGGACCCUGGUGACCCCCGCUCCUACCUGGACAACUUCAUCAAGAUUGGCGAGGGCUCCACAGGCGUUGUGUGCAUCGCCACUGUGCGCAGCUCAGGUCGUCUGGUGGCUGUCAAGAAGAUGGACCUGCGCACGCAGCAGAGGCGUGAGCUGCUCUUUAAUGAGGUGGUGAUCAUGCGCGACUAUCAGCACGAGAAUGUGGUGGAGAUGUACAACAGCUACCUGGUGGGCGAUGAGCUCUGGGUGGUGAUGGAGUUCCUGGAGGGAGGUGCCCUCACUGACAUCGUCACCCACACCAGGAUGAACGAGGAGCAGAUUGCCUCAGUGUGCCUCGCCGUGCUGCAGGCCUUGUCUGUGCUCCACGCCCAGGGCGUUAUCCACCGGGACAUCAAGAGUGACUCCAUCCUGCUGACCCACGACGGCAGGGUAAAGCUGUCAGACUUCGGGUUCUGCGCCCAGGUGAGCAAGGAGGUGCCACGGAGGAAGUCAUUGGUUGGCACGCCCUACUGGAUGGCCCCAGAGCUCAUCUCCCGCCUUCCCUACGGGCCAGAGGUGGACAUCUGGUCACUGGGGGUGAUGGUGAUUGAGAUGGUGGAUGGGGAGCCCCCCUACUUCAAUGAGCCACCCCUCAAAGCCAUGAAGAUGAUUCGGGACAACCUGCCACCCCGACUGAAGAACCUGCACAAGGUGUCACCGUCCCUGAAGGGCUUCCUGGACCGCCUGCUGGUGCGUGACCCAGCACAGCGGGCCACGGCAGCUGAGCUGCUGAAGCACCCGUUCUUGGCCAAAGCGGGCCCGCCCGCCAGCAUCGUGCCCCUCAUGCGCCACAACCGCACCAGAUGAGGCUUGGUGCCCUGUCCCUGAACCAAAGAGCCCCUUGGGUUACCCCUGCCUUGCCGAAGGCCAGUAGGGGGCCGGCCUCUGCUCCUCCUGGCCUGGGAGACACUCCAUGUGGCACUGCCUUCGUUACUGGGGCAGUGUGUGGGACCCUACUACUGAACUCCAGUUUUGAUUUUGUGACUCAAAAUAUGGGAUUUGUGGGAGCAAGUGAGGCUCCCAGAUCCCCCCUACAGGACAGGCCCUCCCUGUGUUUCCCUGUCCCCAGGAAGGACAGGCAGCUUCCCAUCACUGGAACUCUGCAGUGGGGGCUGCUAGGGGUGGAAAGAACACUACGAAAGAGGCGUGUGUGCAUUUGCGUGCGUGCGUGCGUGUGUGUGUGUGUGUGUGUGUGUGUGUGUACAUGGGUGUGCACACAGUGGAAGGUCCAGCUCCUCUGUCCUCCAGACUGCGAGUGGGUGUCUCUGACCUUGCCUCACAUACAACCCCCUCUCCCCCUGAGCCAUGGUGGGGGUCGAUCAUGAAUGUCUGAAGAGUGGCCUUCUCCCUUAGCCCUACAUCUCCUUUCUGUGGUUGGAUGGGGAGACAGGUCAGGGCUUCCCCCCACCCCCAGCCUCUGCAGAAAAUGACUACUGCACCUGGACAGCCUCUUCUUUUCUAGAAGUCUAUUUAUAUUGUCAUUUUAUAACACUCUAGCCCCUGCUCCCAGCUGGGGACAGAUGGUCCCUGUCCUGCGGGGGGCACCGGGGACAGAACCACUGCUUGAAGAAUCAGGUUCCUGUCCCCUUGGCGCAGCCCCACCUUCCCUCCCUCAAGUUAGUUUUACAAUUAAAACAUUUUCUUGAUU